AUGAAGACCGCUCUGAUGGUGGCGGAAAAACCUUCCCUGGCUUCUUCACUCGCCAGCAUACUGAGCAAUGGACGCAGUAAUUCGAGAAAAAGUAUGAACUCUGCAUGUCCUGUACAUGAAUGGUCUGGAACACUUUUUGGGGAACCAGUGAUCUUUAAAAUGACUUCUGUCUGUGGACAUGUUAUGACUUUAGACUUCAAUAGUAAAUUCAACAAUUGGGAUAAAGUUGAUCCAGAAGAGCUUUUUUCUUGCCCAACUGAAAAGAAAGAAGCAUCUCCUAAGUUGCGUAUUCCAGCAAUGUUAGCAUCCGAAGCACGUGGUGUAGACUUUUUAAUAUUGUGGCUAGAUUGUGAUAAAGAAGGUGAAAAUAUUUGCUUUGAAGUUAUUGAUGCUGUUAAAAGUUCUAUGAAACGUUCUGGUGAUGUGAAUAGAAUUUGGAGGGCAAAAUUUUCAGCAAUUACAGCUAAAGAUAUUAAAGGAGCUAUGGAAAGAUUAGAUUUUCCGAAUCGUAAUGAGGCAAUGAGUGUUGAUGCCAGACAAGAACUUGAUCUUCGUAUUGGCUGUUCAUUCACUCGUUUUCAAACUAAAUAUUUUCAAGGAAAAUAUGGUGAUUUGGAUUCUUCAUUAAUAUCUUAUGGUCCAUGUCAAACACCAACAUUAGGCUUUUGUGUUCAACGACAUGAUGAAAUUCGAAGAUUCAAACCUGAACCUUAUUGGGUCAUACAAGUUACAAUUCAAUCAAAGGACGGGCAAGAUGUAGUUCUUAAUUGGGAAAAGGGUCGAUGUUUUGAACGUGAUGCUUCAAACAGCUUGCUUCAAGCAUUGAAAAAACAACAGAUAGCAACUGUUGUCUCUAUAACUCAACAAGAAAAAUCAAAACAACGUCCUUUAGCUUUGAAUUCAGUGGAGCUUAUGCGAGCCGCAAGUACUGGACUGGGAAUGGGUCCCCAUCAUGCAAUGCAAUUGGCUGAGCGUCUUUAUAUUCAAGGUUACAUUAGCUAUCCUAGAACAGAAACCUCUCAUUAUUCAGAUAAUUUUGAAUUACUACCUGCUAUGAGAACUCUCCAAAAAAGCAAUGAAUGGGGUCAAGAAAUACGUCAAGUACUUAAUAAUGGGUUAACCAGGCCUAGAAAUGGCAAAGACUGUGGUGAUCAUCCUCCUAUUACACCUACUAUGUUAGCAUCUCGUAAUGAUUUAGAUGGAGACUCCUGGAAACUUUACGAUUUCAUUGUUCGACAUUUUAUUGCUACAAUAUCAAAAGAUUGUAGAUAUUACUCUAAAACAGUCACUUUUAAAAUUGGAUCAGAAAUGUUCACAUAUAACUGGCGUACCUUAAUUGAUGCUGGAUUUACUGCAAUUACACCAUGGAAAGCAUUACCUAAAAAUGAAUUGGCAGUUAAUUUUGAACGUGAUGAAAAACUUAAUAUCAAAGAUGCUAGGCUUACAGAUCACAUGACAAGUCCUCCAGGUUAUCUUACAGAGUCUGAAUUAAUAUCAAUGAUGGAAAAACAUGGGAUUGGAACCGAUGCAUCGAUUCCUGUUCAUAUUAACAAUAUAUCACAGCGUAAUUAUGUAACUGUUGCUACUGGACGAAGACUUGUACCUACCAAUUUGGGUAUAGUUUUAGUGCAUGGAUAUCAAAAGAUUGAUAAACAAUUGGUAGAACCAACCAUGCGUUCUACUAUUGAAGACCAAUUAAAUCUUAUAGCCAAAGGUGAAGCAAAUUAUGAUCGUGUUCUUAGACAGACUAUUGAGGCUUUUCGACAAAAGUAUUUAUACUUUGUGAAAUCUAUUGAAGCUAUGGAUUCUCUGUUUGAAGUUUCAUUCACUACUUUAGCUGCUAGCGGAAAAGCACUUUCAAGAUGUGGAAAAUGUCGACGUUACAUGAAACUUAUCAUUGCUAAACCAUCCCGACUGCAUUGUUCACAUUGUGAUGAAACCUAUAAUUUGCCCCAAAAUGGAAAUAUAAGAAUUUAUAAAGAACUGAAAUGUCCAUUAGAUGACUUUGAGUUGGUAACUUGGUCAACUGGAAAUAAAGGCCGCAGUUACCCAUUAUGUCCAUAUUGUUAUAACCAGCCAGCAUUCAGGGAUAUGAAAAAGCAUAGCGGUUGUAAUCUGUGUCUUCAUCCAACUUGUCCACAAGGAUUUUAUGUUAAUGGUAUCGCUAGUUGUUUGCAAUGCGAUAACGGAGUAUUAGUAUUAGACCCAUCAUCUGGACCUAAAUGGAAAGUUGGCUGUAACAAGUGUGAUGUUAUAUUCCACUUGUUUGAGGAUGCUCACAAAAUAACUGUAGAAGAGAGUAAGGAAUGCGAUUGUGGAGCUCAGCUUCUAAAAAUUGAGUAUAAAGAGGAACGCACUCGACUACCUCGUGAUCUUAUUGAGAUGACUGGUUGCUUAUUCUGCUGUGAAGAAUUUGGAUAUUUAGUUGAGAAAUUUAGAGCUCAAGCAUCUAAACCAGUGUUUAAUAGUCGCCAGGGUCGAGGGAAAGCUAAACACAAGGGUAAAGGUAAACCAAAACCACCUAAAGAUAAAAUGGCACAGUUGGCAUCUUAUUUUGUAUAAGAACUAAAACAGGUAACUUGGCCCAAAUUAAUCAAUUAUAAAAUAAUUAAAUUUACCUAAGAUGUGUAUUUGGUAUUAAUGUAUCUAUAUUUUUUAAUAUAAUAUCUUAUUUAUUAUGUAUAACGUUUCUUGAAAUUUAUAACUUAAGUCAUAAUGCUGAAUCUCAAAUAUAUUUCUGAAUAUUGCCAUUAAAUGUGCAAUAUUGAUUAUAUGUUAUAUAAUAAAAACAAUUUAUUUAAGUAAAAAAAUAAGUUAUAUGUGCAUAAUAAUUUAUAAUUUACACUGUCAUACAAUCAUAUAAAAGUUAUAUAAAUUUAAUAAAUUCCUAUUUAAAUACAAUUAUAGCAUUUUGUUUACU